AUGACUGGAAAUCCAGCGACUUCACCCCCUCAUCGUCGGGGACAUUCUCGUUCCGUCAGCCAUCCGUUCCCCUCACCCUUCGGCGGUAUGACGAAGCGGCGCAAUCGGUCGAUCUCGAAGAAGGAUGACUUUUUGUUCGAUUCCGAUGAUGAAGAUGACGACGAGGUUACCUACUUGCCGGACCCGAACUCGUCGAGUCCUCGUAAAGGGGCCGCGCGUCCGACUCCGUCUGAUGAGAUGACCUCGGGGAAGUGCAUGGUUUGUAAUAGUACAGUGCGCUGGCCGCGGAAUCUCAAGGUUUUCCGGUGCACGGAAUGUUUGACUGUGAAUGACUUGGAGCUGUUUGUGGAUUCUGGCAAGGCUGGCGGUAAUGGCCUUUCGGGGAGUGAUGGAAAGGCACCCACCCCUACGGUGCCCCGUAAAGGUAUAGAUUAUCCCCGCUAG